UGCACACUUUGGCUUCUUUGUCAACACUUACCAACACCCAACCAUACACAAAAGGCAACACACCCCCACGUUGAAUGAAGCUCUCUGCAGCCGAGGAGGACAGAACAGGGAUCGUGUUGGAGAAGUAUUUCUUCCCCACAUUUCAAAGCUACUCUGUUAGAGCUUCCAAGGCUAGCGACCCAAUGACGUCGUCUCCCUCUGUUCUCAGGAUGCAGGUCUACACUACACUACCCUUCGCCAGUGCAUGUUAAAUCUCUUUCCCACCCAAGUGGCUCAAGUCAGCUGUGGAAUGUCAGAAUAGGUCUGGCGAAUAUGGAAACCAAGUCCGCGGAUAACUGGAGACUUCUCACCUAUUCUUGCCCAAUCAGCCGAGAGUCGUACAAAUCUCGCCUCGCCUGCCUCUGGCUUCCUGUUCAAAUGGCAGGAGUACACCCCGCAAAAGGCCCUUGAAUACUCCAAUCUUUCCAUGUAGGGAACCAAGCUGGGAAAAGAUCAUCCAGGGGACCUGCAGCGUACUCUUCCGAUGUCGACGUUGUCUCUUCGUUCUGGGAAGUAGUUGCGUCUGAUCAUUCGGUGCCGAACAUCCAGGUCCGGAAUGUCAGUUGGUACAAGUACCGGGCUCUUCCUCCCCGGUCUCCUCAUUGUUUCCUCGUAAUUCCAAACCAACUCGACCCUAUCUUCUCGCUUCCAAGCAGCCGAAAAGCUUACGGAACCUCACCAAAGUCCUCUAUUCGUUCCAAGUGCAGUGCAGCCACUAUUCGCAUCUCGAAGCAUUAAGAUGAGCAGCAGUCCGGAUCGCAGACCCAUCUUCGUGGCAACCCAUCCUCGGGCUUGCUCCACGGCCUUCGAACGGGUGUUUAUGACCCGCCCAGAUGCCCUGAGUUGUGUGCACGAACCCUUUGGUGAUGCCUUCUACUAUGGCCCCGAACGCAUGAGCACGCGCUACGACCAUGACGAGGCCGCAAGAGAGAAGAGCGGGUAUGCGGAAGUCCGGUACGACGAUGUCAUGGGCAGAAUCUUGAAGGAGACGUUGGAGAACGACAAGACCCGUGUCUUUAUCAAAGACAUGGCCUACUACAUCGUGCCUCCCAACGGCGACCGUCCUUUAGGCCCGGCGCGCUCGCUCGAUCGCCACCCCAACCCGGUAGCAGACAGCAACCCGACUAUCAUUCCCACCUCCCUUCUCAUGCUCUUCCAUUGGACAUUCCUGAUUCGCCACCCACGAAAGGCCAUCCCGAGCUACUACCGCUGCACCAUUCCACCGCUGAACAAAAAGACGGGAUUCGACGAGUUCAUGCCCAGCGAGGCAGGCUACGUCGAGCUCCGCAGGCUCUUCGAAUUCUUGCAUGCCAAAGGAAUCAUUGCCGAGGAAAGCAAGUACGAUUCCGAGGAGACGCGUAAGUCGAGGGGCACGAUGUUUGGGCAGAUGAAGGAAGACAGCGUGUCGGCAUGGAGUGGUCCCGAUAGAGACGAACGACUGGAGCAAGGCCCCGCGCUCAGCAGGCAGCUGGAAAACAUACCAGGUCCCGUGAAGAUCACGGUCGUUGACGCAGAUGACCUGCUCGACGACCCGGAGGGCACGCUAAGAGCUUACUGUGAGGCCAUCGGCGUGGACUUUGACCCCAAGAUGCUCAAGUGGGAUGACGAUGAGAGCCAGAGGACAGCUAAGGAGGCGUUUGAGAAGUGGAACGGGUUUCACGAUGAUGCGAUUGGGAGUACCGAGCUGACACCGCGGUCGCAUAAGGCUAAGACACCGACUCAAGAGGAAGAGGACAAGGAAUGGAAGGAAAAAUACGGCGAGGAGGGACAGAAGAUAAUCAGGGAGACGGUCGACAAGAAUGUGGCCGACUAUGAGUAUCUCAAGAAGUUCGCUUUGAAGCCGAAAAAGAUGGAGUAGGAGAACGAAACGGUUGUAUGACAAGACCCAAGUUUUGGGUCUUGUUCAGGUCACGCAUCUGAGUUGUUAUCAUCAACAUUGAGGGCCCCAAUAUCAAUAUUGGCAGAAGCAAUGAAUAUCCGAGGGAUCGCUGGCAAACAUUAGGUUUUGUAUCGAGACGGCAUCAAAAUAUAGAGGGAACGGCAUUAUAGAAGGGUGUCUCGUCAAUUCAAGGUGUACUUGCAAUGAGCAACGGGACGACACAGGAGAGAUCUCAAUGGCAGUUUAGCCACAUCGAUGAGCUCAAGUCUACUCCACACAAAUUCCAGGAGGACUGCGGCAUUGCAUAAAAUAGUCAUUUUUACAGAGAACUAUGAAUACAAACCCGGGUCAGCGAGGUCAAUCGACCGACCUGUUUUUACCU